ACCCUCUCAAAUAAUUAUUCAACAUGAGUUGCAUGGGUCUCAACACGACGGAGCUGCAGGAGGCCAGGGACUACUUUCGGCAGCUUCUCCUGCCAUUCACCGCCUCAUUCACAAUGUUCCACAACUACAUAUACGUGUUUCUAUGUGUCAUCGGAGUAUUUGCAAACAUUUCAAUCGUCGUCGUGCUCCUGCGACCGGCGAUGCGAAAAUCGCCAUUCAACUUGUUUCUAGUAGUGAUUGCCGUCUGUGAUGCCUCACUAAUGGCCACAUAUUUGACAUAUAAACACGUGGAAUUGUGCCAUCCAUGGUAUUUCUCGUUUCCAUGGGCGAUUUAUACAAAGUUCUACGCUAUUUUCUCGGUUUUCGUGCAUUCGUGCAGUCUAUGGCUCACCGUUAAUAUGGCUAUUCUGAGAUUCCUGGUACUGUACCGCGGAAGUCGUUCCGAGACCCGAAUCCCUCAGUGCAAUGGAUUUGGCGCUGCAUUUGUGGCAAUUGUGCUAGCAUUCGCGAUAGCUUGCAUCGGAUGUCUCCCGAUUUUCAUCCGCUAUCGAAUAAUCGAAGGAGAAGUUGGCGCGGUGCCAGAUUUAUGUCUGGAGGGAAAAUAUUCAACUGAUUGGCAGCCAAAUGAUAUGAUUCAGUUCUACGGGUUAAGUCAGCCGCUUUGGUGGAAUUGUGACUGGGAACGUAUCAAUUAUUGGAUGGCUGCACUAAUCCUAAAACUGAUUCCCUGCCUUCUGCUCACAAUCUUCAUGACACUACUCGUCCGAAUGCUCAUCGAAGCAAGAGAACGAAGGUCCCGACUCUGCGGUGGAAUGGGUAAUGGAAACUCGCAAGCCGAGAGGACAACUGCAAUGUUAACUGGAAUUGUUGCAAUCUUCCUUAUCACAGAGCUCCCACAAGGUGUGCUCACAUUUGCCGCCGGAGCCAACCCUCGGCUCACAUUCCUCACACUUCAAAUGAACAAUGUUUUCGACUUGCUCUCCCUAAUUAAUAGUGCCGUCAAUUUUGUGCUCUGCGCUCUGAUGUCACAUGUUUUUAGAAGAGAAUUCCUCCAAACAUUCGGUGUCUGCUGUCCCCAAUCGUCGGAAAAUCACAGCGGAGCACCAAUCAACAAAACCUCAAAUCGAUCGAUUCUCUCCACAUUCAGCAACAUUGCAAAACCAAAGACUUCCAAGAAAAAUGGGUUCCUGCCAGUGCCAACUAACUGCCCGGACGACAAGAAUACCGAGCAACUAGCGAUGAAUUGAAACGCGCUCCUUUGAGAAUUUUUUUUGAGCGACUAUAUAGGUACCACUUUUAGAAAGCCUCUACAAGCAAUCUAUCGGAGAGAACAAGUUUUCCGUAGAGCGCGUUUGAGCAUUUUAUAGAUGAUAUCAUCACACGUGUGUGACCCCUUUGUGUAGAUUGACCCCCCAAACGACACUCCCCGUGUCGUACACCUUGUUCGAAUCGAACUCUCAAUUGUAUUAUAUUUUCAAAUGUUUUUUCUCUUGAAUAAACUAGAAUUCUUUUG